ACCCUGGACAUAGUUAAAUGUAUUGUUUAUUCGAAAUGUUUUCAUCUAUACUGUGGUUAUUAGUAUUACUUUGUGCUAUUCAUUACUAUAUAAAUUGUAAUAAAUAUGCUAAAGCAGUACGAAAGAUACCAAAUAUGAGAUUUUCUUUUAUCUUCGGCCAUGCCCUUCAAAUAUUCGUGUCUCCAGUGCAACUAUUUAAUUUGGGAAGAGAGUGGGCAUCAACUUUUAAUGGUAUAUAUAGUUUCUACGUGUACCCCAAUGGAAGUGUUAACAUUUAUAAUCCCAAAGAUGUUGAAACAAUAUUAGCGAGUAUGAAAUAUUACGAAAAAAGCUUGACUUAUAUCUUAUUGAAACCAUGGCUAAAGAGUGGGCUGCUCUUAAGUAAAGGAACAAAAUGGCAUACUCGACGAAAAAUUUUGACUCCAGCAUUCCAUUUUAAUAUUCUAUUUAAAUUUUUUCCCAUAUUGGUUGAAAACAGCGAAACUUUCCUCGAUGCUUUGGACAAAACUGAAGGAAAGAUAAUAGAUAUAGUUCCUUUUAUAUCGGAUUGUACGCUCAAUGCUAUCUGUGAAACUGCAAUGGGGACUAGAUUAGACAACAGUUCAUCUGGAUAUGAGUACAAGAAAGCAAUAACCGGUCUAGCACAUAUUUUGUAUAAAAGAUUUACAAACGUAUUUUAUCACUCUAACUUUAUUUUCAAUACAACUAAAUUAAAACUUAAACACGAUGAAUAUAUAUCUACUAUGCAUAAAUUUACAUAUAAUGUUAUAUCACGCAGAAGAAUACAUAUACAAAAUAAAGAGAUUGAAUCUGAUCACGCAGAUGCAGGCGAUAAUGAUAAAUUUAUGUACAAAAAGAAACGAGCUGCUAUGUUGGACUUACUAAUUGCUGCUGAAAAAGAAGGUCUAAUAGAUGAGGGAGGCAUACACGAAGAAGUGGAUACGUUCAUGUUUGAAGGUCAUGAUACAACUUCUGCAGGAUUGACAUUUUGUUUCUUGAUGUUAGCGGAGCAUUCGGAUGUACAGGACAGAAUAUUUGAUGAACUGGAGAGUAUUUAUGGUGAUUCCUCAAGAAGACCCACUAUGGAGGAUUUAUCGAAGAUGCAAUAUUUGGAAUGUUGUAUAAAGGAAAGUUUGAGGCUUUACCCUCCGGUUCCAUUCAUAAGUCGUCGCUUAACUGAACCGGUGAAAUUAAGUAACUUUGACGUACCAAAGGGCUCUAUGUGUCAUAUUCACAUCUACGACUUACACAGACAGGAGAGCGUGUAUAAAAACGCAUCACAAUACGACCCGGAUCGAUUCUCACCAGAAAACUGCAUCGGUCGCCCGCACUACGCGUAUAUACCCUUUAGUGCUGGACCCAGAAAUUGUAUCGGUCAAAAAUUUGCGAUGAUGGAGCUGAAAUCUAUUGUGUCAGCUGUUUUACGAAGAUUUAAACUUGUCCCUGUGACUAGAAGUACGGACUUGAAGUUUAAUGCAGACUUUAUUUUAAGGAACUCUGGGCCAAUUCAUAUUAGAUUUUUGAAAAGAGAUCAAUCAAUGAAUUAGCAAUCUAUUGGAGCGUGUGUAGAAAUCGACUCGAUGAAAUAUUGAUUUAAAUAAGUAAUUAGUACCAAUAGUAAACAUAGAAAUCUAAAUAAAAAGUAGGUAAAGAUAUCGCUUUACAAGUGACUUAUAGCCAUAGGUAAUCAGCGCAUAAGUAGUGAUUUAGUAUCAAUCGGAAGGGGGAGGUUAAACAACGCGAAUGUAUGGUAUAUUUGAUUAUAUCUAAAUAUAGAAACUCUUCCACAACCUGAAACUGUACCAAUCAAAAUAUUACAUUGUUUCGGUAGGUAAGUCCUUUUCAAACAAACGGUUGUUUUUUUCUACGUUUAGUAUUUGCACACCGUUGGUGCAUAAGUCCCCCAAUAUCCGAAAAGUUGCAAGCGUAUGAAUAAAUGUAAACUAUGUGUAUAUAUCAUUGGCGUACGAUAAAUAACUAGGUUCACAAAUUAUCUGAAACUUAGCCUACGCAUCUAUUAGGCAGAGUUUUCGUUCAGUUGUGUUUCGAUCGCGCUUUGAAUACAACGCCCCGCAACGACAAAGUGUUCAUUGACACACUGUCCAAAUAACAGCAUAUACAAACAUAAAAAGAAUGGAGUGUCGUAAUUCAGGUAAGUAUCCCUUUAAAUUUUUUUUUAAUGGAAAAGGAGGACAAACGAGUGUACGGGUCACCUGGUGUUAAGUGAUCACCACCGCCCACAUUCUCUUGCAACACCAGAGGAAUCACGGGAGCGUUGCCGGUUGUAUAAGUUAAUGUAUACGCAUAUACAACGGCGCUCGGGCAUUUUUUGACGACCUUUUAAUAGGUGAUUGGGAAUCUAGUUUUUUAUUUUACGUCAAUGGUAAAUACAGGGUGUGAUCGUUGAGCUUGACCAGGCGAUUAUUCCGUAACUAUUACAGAUAAAAUAAAACUUUAAACUAAUAUCUUAAGUACGUUCACUCCCCACUAAAGAAUAUAAUUAACAAAAAUUGUGUUAUAGUUAUUAAAUUCUUAACUGUCUUAAAAGAGGAAGUGGACAUUGACAUUGAAAAGAAGCCCAAGGAAAUAGUGAAAAUUUAAAAUGAUAAAUUGAUUAUUAAUACGCAAACGAAACAUAUUAAUAAUUAUAUAUCUUUAGGCCAUUUUACGGAAAUAGUACUUUGAUUAAGGUGCAGUAAAACCCGUGAUGUGAAGACGAGGAAAAAAACAUUUAGUCAUUCGUUAUCUAAAGUAUCGAGAAUGUAGAGAUCAUGAGAAUAGAAAUUGACACAUCACUUAUAAUAUCAAUUACCAACAGGGUGUAGUAAAACCCUUGGUGUGACGACGAGGGAAAAAAUUACUCGUAGUCACACUGGUGUGACUACGAGUCGGGUAUGGUUACCUAAUUAGUAAAGCUACAUCAAUAACUUUUUAAAAUCAAACGAGAAGUAUCCAAAAUUUUGAUAUACAACACUCCCAUACAUUUAGUAUGAGAUCAGUAGAAAGUUCAUUGUAUCGCACAACAAGGACGCCACUUCGAACAAUUGCCUUGAAUACAAAAUUUUGUACUUUCUAAGAAAUAAAUAUUAUUCAAUAAA